AUGGAUUAUCGUCUAGUGCUGAAAAUUCUUAGCUUUCUGCUGCUGGCCCACUUUGGUUUCUCCCAGCCGCAGCAGCAGUCGCCAUCGGACUACGGCGAGGAGCAGCCUCCGGAGGGCUACUACGCUUUCGUCGAGUCCCCGAAUGCGGUGCCUCCCAAAGUCAGGCCGCCGCCCUACACCUUUGUGAAUGCGGAGUGCAAGGAUGUGGCCGCCGGCAAGAAGUCUGCCGUGUCCGUUCACAACAUUUGCGGAGAUCUGAACAAGGGUCAGAUACCCAAGAAUCCGCUGGGACAAAAUGUAUUGGGGGAGCCCUAUCCCUUCGAACUUAUUCGCAACCAAACGCUCAAGUUCCUUUCGAAAACGCUGCCCGUUCUGAAGGCCGACGAUACCCUCCCCAAGGUCACCCAGAUCAUUCGAGAUGAACCCGUGGAACAGCUGGACAGCAACAACAUCGACAGGCCCUAUCCCGCAGGAGGCUCCACUCGCGUCCGCCGCAGCCUGCCGGAGGGCGUGGAGUCCAACGAGUACAGCUACUUCGAUCCCGCCCUGGACGAGGAGGAGCAGCACAAGCAAAGGGAUCGGAACAGCCAGCAGAGGAGGGCCGCCGAGGAGAGGAAGCCACGAAAGUUCUGCGAUGGCGGUGGAGUAUUUUGCACCUUAUACAGGGCCAUUCAGGGAGACACCGGCGGAGCAGCCCCUUCCACGCCCACUGCGGAACGGCGCGAGGAAGUGGGUCCCAUUCGGUACGAGGGUCCACCCACUCCCUGUCCCGCCAAGGUGGAGUACGCUACUCCCGUCUUCGCUAAGAACUACCAAGGCGCCUGGCGUUAUGUGGUCCAGAUUCCCUACGAGGGCUACUUCACCCAGACGGUGGAAGUGACGCGCUGCAUCCAGGCACGCUGCCACUACCUGGACGGCGGUUGCCUGUCGUCACCACGCUGGGUAAGCCUGUUGGUCGCGGAGAUCUUCUACCCCAAUGCGGAGGACACGGUGCCCACCAGCUCGACCACCACUCAGGCCCCCUCGGUGCAGGACUUCCAGGCCUACCAGCAGUACCUGCAGAAGAGGGCCGGCGUGGCCACCGCCUCCGACGGAACCUCGUCUGCAGCAGCAAGUUCCGCCGCGCAGGCGGAUGCCCACUGCGAUGGACACGAUGAACUGGGCUGCUUCCAGGUGCGUCUGUACUACGACUGGUUCCUCAUCCCCGGCUCCUGCAAGUGCUGGCGCCCGGACUACUUCGCCAAGUAUGUGCGCCGGAAGUCGGUGGCCGACUUGUGA